AUGUCUUUUCCAUUAGUCUGUUUGGGUAACCCUCUUCUCGAUCUUCAAGUCGAUGUCGAUGCUGAAUACCUUAAGAAGUACGAUCUUAAGGAAAACGAUGCCAUUCUCGCUGAAGAAAAGCAUCUUCCAAUCUACGAAGAGAUCAUCGCCAAGGAAGGUCUUAUCGAAGUUGCUGGUGGUGCUGCUCAAAACACUGCCAGAGGUGCUCAAUACCUCUUGCCAGAAAACUCUGUUGUUUACUUUGGAUCUGUUGGUAAGGAUGUUUACGCCGACAAGUUGAACGAAGCUAACAAGAAGUACGGUUUGACCACCAAGUACCAAGUCCAAGAAGACAUUGCCACCGGUAAGUGUGCUGCUUUGAUUAACGGUGUCCACAGAUCUCUUGUCACCGACCUUGCUGCCGCCAACCACUUCAAGGUUGACCACUUGGAAAUUCCAGAAAACUGGGCCAUUGUUGAAGCUGCCAAGUUCUACUACAUUGGUGGUUUCCACUUGACUGUUUCUCCACCAGCUAUCUUGAAGCUCGGUAAGCAUGCUGCUGAAUCCAACAAGGUUUUCGCCUUGAACUUGUCUGCUCCAUUCAUUCCUCAAUUCUUCAAGGACCCAUUGGACCAAGCCGUUCCAUACAUUGACUUCCUUAUUGCCAAUGAAUCCGAAGCUGCUUCUUAUGCUGAAUCCCACGGUUUGGAAACCACUGAUGUUGCCACCAUUGCCAAGCACAUUGCUCAACUUCCAAAGGAAAACACCAACAGACCAAGAGUUGUUGUUUUCACUCAAGGUCUUGAACCAACUAUCGUUGUCUCUUACGACUUCAACACCAAGGCUCUUGAAUCUAACGAAUACCCAGUUAGAGAAUUGGCCAAGGAAAAGGUUACUGACACCAACGGUGCCGGUGAUGCUUUCGCUUCCGGUUUCAUGGCUGGUCUUGUCGAAGGCAAGACCGUUGCUCAAUCCGUUGACAUUGGUCAAUGGUCUGCUGCUUUGUCCAUCCAAGAAGUUGGUCCAUCCUUCCCAUUCCCUAAGCAAUCCUACGCUUAA